GACGCACCUGAGUAGCUGCCAAAGCGGGAGGCGGACCGGCUGUAUAAAAUCACGUAUCUGACGCAGUUCGCCCAGCAUCAGUCUGCAUCCCGUCGGACGUACACCUCCCACACGCCGCCAUGCACCUGAGCGCCUACGAGUCGUGCCAUUCCCUGGUCGUGGUCUGCAUCCUGCUGAGGAGUUGCCAAGCCUUCAAGAACGACGCCACCGAGCUCCUCUUCUCGCAAGUGAGCGCGCCGGUGCCGGAGGUUCAGAGCAACGUGACCCUGAACCGCGCACGGAACGGUGGGAGAGGAGCGGGCAGCGCGGCGCAGGACAGAGGAGAACGAAGCCAAAUCGGAUGCAGAGAGCUGAGGUCCACUAAAUACAUCUCAGACGGCCACUGCACCAGCAUCAACCCCAUCAAGGAGCUCAUCUGCACCGGCGAGUGUCUCCCGGCUCAGAUGCUUCAAAACUGGAUCGUCAGCUCCUAUAGCAGGAAGCUGUGGGGUCGCCGGAACAGCAACCAGGACUUUCGCUGUGUCAACGACAAGACCCGCACCCAGCGCAUCCAGCUGCAGUGCCAGGACGGCAGCACGAGAACAUACAAAAUCACCGUGGUCACAUCCUGCAAGUGCAAGAGGUACUCGAGGCAGCACAACGAAUCGGGCAACAAGUUCGAGGAGCCGGCUGUGUUGCCGCCGCAGCUCCUGCACAAGCGCAAGAGCAAGAGGAGGCUGGGGAAGACCCGGCUGAGCGAGAACUGGCACGAGACUGAGCCCUGAGGGCGUGCAGACUCUGAAUCCACAUGAACCUAACGGGAGUUUUGUCUCGCUGAUAUUGGGACACGACGACCAGAGCUGUGGAUUAUCUCUCAAUGUGACGGGGACUUGAUGUAGGUGAAGCUGGUGCCUCACUAUGAUGGAGAACUCCAAAGGGCAUGCUAAGGACUUUUCUUGACAAUUGAAUCCAUGCAGUUAAAGACAAUGUGAACAGAACUGGGCUGUGCAGUCUGCAGAGCUUUCUGGAGCCCUGAGCAAACUCACGUUGUCCCAGUGGCCAUGUGCAUGUGUUCUUAUACUCAUUUUACCAUAAUAUGGGGAUCUGCAGUCAGCUGUUUGGGCACCAGUAGAUGACACCAAACAUCUUCAAAAAAAAAAUCCUGUUUAUAUACCUGUACAUAUAUCAAAUUCUUACUUGCCUUUUGAAGUAUGGCCUUGUGUAUAAAAUUUUACAAUGUAAGAUUUAUGAUGUAAUAUAUUUUCUGUGGCAAUAUAUAAUAUGAUAAGUUUUGUUUAAGUGACGUCAGCAUGUGAAUUCUGGAAAAGCUUUUCAUCAGUCUGUCUUGUAAUAGUUUUAUAUGAAAUAAAUACCACUUUUUAUCACA